AUGGAAAAACAAAAUGCUCCCUUGUUUCCCUAUGAAUUCGAAUAUAUAAAACCAGAAGAACAGGAAUACUUGAACAAGAUGUACACAAAUGAUGACUCUAUCGCCAAAUCAAUGCGUGUUGGACCAAAGGGUUACAUAGUAUAUGAACCUUAUAAGAAAGAUGCUGCCAAUAUCUACAACAUGCUGCUGAGACCAACAGAUAUUUUUGUCGCCAGUUAUCAACGAUCUGGAACUACGUGGACUCAAGAACUUGUUUGGCUGUUGGCAAAUAAUUUAGAUUAUCAAACUGCAGCAGCUAUCCCACUUACAAAAAGAUAUUCGUUUUUGGAUCAAUUCUGUCUCAUCGACACAAAUAAAAUAGACGCGAUAGUAAAAUGUAGUGAUUCAUUACUAGACAAACAAGAACUCAGAAAAAUAUUUCAAAUGUUUGCCGAACCUGUUUCUGGAAUGCUUGAGAAGAUGCCGGAGUCAACACCUCGCUUUAUCAAGACUCACGUUCCAAUGUCCUUUUUAAAUCCCAAUUUGCUAGAGUCUGCUAAGAUGGUAUACAUUGCACGCGACCCAAGGGAUGUGGCUGUGUCAUGUUAUCAUCACGCUAAACUGUUCAAGUUAUAUGAUCUUCCAGUACCAUUCAAAGAGUUUUGGAAUUUAUUCUACAAACAUUUGUAUAUAUUUUGCCCCAUUUUUGAACAUGUCAAAGAGGCUUGGGAAAAAAGGAAUCAUCCUAAUAUGCUAUUUUUGUUUUAUGAGGAACUUUCUAAGGAUUUGCAAGGAUCGAUACAGCGCGUAGCAACUUUUUUGGGUAAACAGCUGAGUCAAGAAGAGUCUGACCGUCUAUGCGAACAUCUCAGUUUCGAAAUCUUUAAAAACAACAAGUCAAUUAAUUACGAAGAAUUGAGAGAGUUAGGAUUGCUCGCUCCCGAUCAGAGCUUUGUCAGGAAAGGCAAGUCGGGAGGUUGGCGCGACUAUUUUGAUGAAGAAAUGACGCAGCAGGCAGAACAAUGGAUCGCUGAUAACUUGCGGGAUACGGAUCUGCGCUAUCCACAUUUGAGUAACUAA